AUGGUUGAGAUUUCACCGAAUCCUCCCCAUCUCCUUGCUGGUUGCCAACCAGUGACCAUUGUAGAGGAACCUAACCCUAAUACCCUGUCCACUGCAGCUGAUGCUCAAAUGCUUGACCCCUCUGCAAACGCAAUUGAAGAUUCAUCCCCAACCCAUCCAAUUGCAAAAGGGGAUCAACGUAUUAGGGCCCAAGAAACUGAAACCCAGCAAAAAUCCUUCAAGCAAGUGCUGCUAGACCCAAAAUUCAACGAAAAACUUUUCGAUAGUGAUGCAGACAAUCUCUCUACCGACGAUGAGCUCAUGAGUGAUGGAGAAAUGGAAGACUUACCUGAGGCGGACUCAAAUCUCAGCACCUCUAUACCCAGAGUCCUUCUCCCUCAAAGCCUUUUAAGGAAAAUCCGAAGGCCAUGGAAGGAUUGCUUAAUUGUUAAAUUAAUGGGCAUGAGCAUAGGUUACAAAGCUCUUCUGAAUAGGGUCAAGAGGCUAUGGGAAAUCCAAGGUGAUUUCGAAGCUGUUGAUCUGGGAUUAGGAUUUUUCCUAUUCAAGUUUGAGGUAAAGUCAGAUUUCACAAAAGUAUUCACAGGAGGCCCUUGGGUUAUUUUAGAUCACUAUUUGACUGUGAGAAAAUGGAAGGCAGAUUUCAAGCCAUCUGUAGCUGAAGACAUCUCCACAGCUGUGUGGGUGAGGUUUCCACAAUUGCCUAUUGAAUACUACAAUGAAAAGGUCCUCUUCCACAUAGCCAAGCUAAUUGGCAAACCAAUCAAAGUUGAUCUCAAUACUGCUACAACAACCAGAGGGCGCUAUGCUAGAGUUUGUGUAGAAAUCAACCUGGGAAACCCGCUAACUUCGCAAUUCGCUAUAGGGUGGGUCACCGGCAAGAGCAUUGUGGAAGGACUCCGACUACGAAGCCAGACAAGUCCACAGAAGCUUUAG